AUCUAUAAAAGCAAGGCGCUGGCAGCGCUGCGGUAGAUUGAAACCAGAUUUCAGCAUAUACGGAGCAAGCGGAGACGAACUGUUUGACGAACCUUCCUAAAACUAUUGAAAGAUGCAGAUCUUCGUGAAGACCUUGACUGGCAAAACCAUCACCCUUGAGGUUGAGCCCAGUGACACCAUUGAGAAUGUCAAGGCCAAGAUCCAGGACAAAGAAGGAAUCCCCCCAGACCAGCAGAGGUUGAUCUUUGCCGGCAAGCAGCUGGAGGAUGGACGCACACUGUCCGACUACAAUAUCCAGAAAGAGUCCACUCUGCAUUUGGUCCUGAGGUUGAGAGGAGGCAUGCAGAUCUUCGUGAAGACCUUGACUGGCAAAACCAUCACCCUUGAGGUUGAGCCCAGUGACACCAUUGAGAAUGUCAAGGCCAAGAUCCAGGACAAAGAAGGAAUCCCCCCAGACCAGCAGAGGUUGAUCUUUGCCGGCAAGCAGCUGGAGGAUGGACGCACACUGUCCGACUACAAUAUCCAGAAAGAGUCCACUCUGCACUUGGUCCUGAGGUUGAGAGGAGGCAUGCAGAUCUUCGUGAAGACCUUGACUGGCAAAACCAUCACCCUUGAGGUUGAGCCCAGUGACACCAUUGAGAAUGUCAAGGCCAAGAUCCAGGACAAAGAAGGAAUCCCCCCAGACCAGCAGAGGUUGAUCUUUGCCGGCAAGCAGCUGGAGGAUGGACGCACACUGUCCGACUACAAUAUCCAGAAAGAGUCCACUCUGCACUUGGUCCUGAGGUUGAGAGGAGGCAUGCAGAUCUUCGUGAAGACCUUGACUGGCAAAACCAUCACCCUUGAGGUUGAGCCCAGUGACACCAUUGAGAAUGUCAAGGCCAAGAUCCAGGACAAAGAAGGAAUCCCCCCAGACCAGCAGAGGUUGAUCUUUGCCGGCAAGCAGCUGGAGGAUGGACGCACACUGUCCGACUACAAUAUCCAGAAAGAGUCCACUCUGCACUUGGUCCUGAGGUUGAGAGGAGGCAUGCAGAUCUUCGUGAAGACCUUGACUGGCAAAACCAUCACCCUUGAGGUUGAGCCCAGUGACACCAUUGAGAAUGUCAAGGCCAAGAUCCAGGACAAAGAAGGAAUCCCCCCAGACCAGCAGAGGUUGAUCUUUGCCGGCAAGCAGCUGGAGGAUGGACGCACACUGUCCGACUACAAUAUCCAGAAAGAGUCCACUCUGCACUUGGUCCUGAGGUUGAGAGGAGGCAUGCAGAUCUUCGUGAAGACCUUGACUGGCAAAACCAUCACCCUUGAGGUUGAGCCCAGUGACACCAUUGAGAAUGUCAAGGCCAAGAUCCAGGACAAAGAAGGAAUCCCCCCAGACCAGCAGAGGUUGAUCUUUGCCGGCAAGCAGCUGGAGGAUGGACGCACACUGUCCGACUACAAUAUCCAGAAAGAGUCCACUCUGCACUUGGUCCUGAGGUUGAGAGGAGGCAUGCAGAUCUUCGUGAAGACCUUGACUGGCAAAACCAUCACCCUUGAGGUUGAGCCCAGUGACACCAUUGAGAAUGUCAAGGCCAAGAUCCAGGACAAAGAAGGAAUCCCCCCAGACCAGCAGAGGUUGAUCUUUGCCGGCAAGCAGCUGGAGGAUGGACGCACACUGUCCGACUACAAUAUCCAGAAAGAGUCCACUCUGCACUUGGUCCUGAGGUUGAGAGGAGGCAUGCAGAUCUUCGUGAAGACCUUGACUGGCAAAACCAUCACCCUUGAGGUUGAGCCCAGUGACACCAUUGAGAAUGUCAAGGCCAAGAUCCAGGACAAAGAAGGAAUCCCCCCAGACCAGCAGAGGUUGAUCUUUGCCGGCAAGCAGCUGGAGGAUGGACGCACACUGUCCGACUACAAUAUCCAGAAAGAGUCCACUCUGCACUUGGUCCUGCGUCUCAGAGGUGGUCAAUGAAGUUCUAGAAAAUGAACAUUUGUUCUUGCUAAUGUAUACUUUACGUGCUUUACAGUUUUGUGUUGCACUGUCUAUGGUAUUGAACUUUUUAUAUAUUCGUAAUAAGUUGAUUUGAUUGUCCUAAAAAUGUUCUAAUAAAGAAGUGCAGUUAAA